GGGUCUCUUCACAGCCCUCCUGUGGCUGUGUGAGCCCACUCUUCUGCUUGCCCCUCCUGUUCCCCUGACUCUCACCUCUCAGUUGCAAGUGGGACAUCCAGGUCUACCUCUAACAGAGUGUACAUUGUUUCUUUCCUUCACUGUGGGAGGCGUCCCAGUCUUCCACCGUCUCCAUUCUGCUUCCUUUUGAUGAGCUGUCCCCAUGGGUACAAAAGUGCCAGUCUGGAACUAUCCAGGGAAGAGGUCCCAGAGGCCGUCCUGGCCCUGCUGUUGCGACUACAGUCACGUGCCCCAUCGGGUCUGACCUGUUUUUAAAACCCUGCCGGGUAUCCGACCGUUUCUAGGAAGGAGGCUGGGCUUCUUCCCUUAGCCCUGAGGCCCCUGCUGCCUGCUGGAGACCUGGGCCCUUGACAGAUCCCAUGAUGCACUGCCCUGUGGAAUUGUGCCCACUGUGCUGCCUGGGCCCCCACCCCCCUCCCCAGUCUGGGCAGGACUUGUGUCACUAGUGGUUCUUCCCCUGGACCCAGCGUGGCUGGUGAGAAAGAGUGGGUUGUGGUUACUCUGGUCAGAGCUGGUGGCCUCCAAGGGCCCUCAGGAUUCGUGUGGGGCUUAGCGUGCAGAACCUGAGAGCCUUCGGUGCCAGCUGGUGGCGGAUGAGCGGCCCCCUCGUUCUGUCGGCACCACACUGCUACCCGAACAGCGUGGCGUGCGCCUUGCCUAGGUGUGCUGGCCGCGAGCUGCCCUGCCCAGACCUGGGGUGGCUUCCGGGCGGGCGAGGAUGGAGUCCGGCUGGACGUGGAGUUCAAAUUGCCCUCUUCCACCCUCUCCCCGCGCUGCCCAGACUUGGCCGCGCGGCCGGGGGCAGGACAGACCAUGCUCCAAGGGGCCACGGGGAGCUGGGCUGACCAGCGAGAGCACAAGCCCCCACCUCGAGCCACGGUCCGGCUGCUGAGACCGCUCAGAGAGCGUCCGGAGGCCAGCGGCCCGCCCUGACGGUUCCGGUUGCCAGGAAAGGCGGUGGCUCCACGGUGUCCCAACCCGCAGGCGGGGCGGGCCCUGGCCAGCGCGGCGUCACGCGGGCGGGGCGGCCAGAGUCCAGGGCGCCAGGGCAGCGGCCGGAGUCCGAUGGCGGCGGAGCAGGACCCCGAGGGGCGCGCGGCGGCGCGGCCGCUGCUCACCGACCUGUACCAGGCCACCAUGGCGCUGGGCUACUGGCGCGCCGGCCGGGCGCAGGAGGCGGCCGAGUUCGAGCUCUUCUUCCGCCGCUGCCCGUUCGGCGGAGCCUUCGCCUUGGCCGCAGGGCUGCGCGACUGCGUGCGUUUCGUGCGCGCCUUCCGCCUGAGGGACGCAGACGUGCAGUUCCUGGCCUCGGUGCUGCCCCCAGACACAGACCCCGCGUUCUUCCAGCAUCUUCGUGCCCUCGACUGCUCCGGGGUGACAGUGCGGGCCCUGCCCGAGGGCUCCCUCGCCUUCCCCGGCGUGCCGCUGCUGCAGGUGUCCGGGCCGCUCCUGGUGGUGCAGCUGCUGGAGACGCCGCUCCUCUGCCUGGUCAGCUACGCCAGCCUCAUCGCCACGAACGCCGCGCGGCUUCGCCUGAUCGCAGGGCCGGAGAAGCGGCUGCUGGAGCUGGGGCUUCGGCGGGCUCAGGGCCCCGACGGGGGUCUCACCGCCUCUACCUACAGCUACCUGGGCGGCUUCGAUGGCAGCAGCAACAUGCUCGCAGGACAGCUGCGGGGCGUGCCGGUGGCCGGGACCCUGGCGCACUCCUUCAUCACUUCCUUUUCAGGCACCGAGGUGCCCCCUGACCCGAUGUUGGCUCCAGCGGCUGGUCAGGGCCCCAGGGUGGACCUGGCCUCCCGCGUGGAGACGUGGCUGGGGCGUGUCUGUGGCCACCUGGGGCUGGGGGUGCAGCAGCCACACCGGGGUGAGCGGGCAGCCUUCGUGGCCUAUGCCCUGGCCUUUCCCCGGGCCUUCCAGGGCCUGCUGGACACCUACAGUGUGCGGAGGAGUGGUCUCCCCAACUUCCUGGCUGUAGCCCUGGCACUGGAGGAGCUGGGCUACCAGGCAGUGGGAGUGAGGCUGGACAGUGGCGACCUGCUUCAGCAGGCUCAGGAGACCCGCGGCGUCUUCCGAACCGUGGCGGCCCAGUUCCGGGUGCCCUGGCUGGAGUCCAUCCCCAUUGCUGUCAGCAACAACAUUGAUGAGGAGGAGCUGGCCAGGCUGGCCCAGAAGGGCAGUGAAGUGAACGUCAUCGGCAUCGGUACUAGCGUGGUCACCUGCCCUCGCCAGCCUUCCCUGGGCUGUGUCUACAAGCUGGUGUCCGUGGGUGGCCAGCCGCGGAUGAAGCUGACUGAGGACCCCGAGAAGCAGACAUUGCCUGGGAGCAAGGCUGCCUUCCGGCUCCUGGGCUCCGAUGGGGCUCUGCUGUUAGACGUGCUGCAGUUAGCAGAGGAGCCGCCUCCCCAGGCUGGCCAGGAGCUCAGAGUCUGGCCUCGAGGGACCCAGGAGUCCUGUACCGUGAGGCCGGCACACGUGGAGCCGCUGCUGCGACUCUGGGUCCAGCAGGGACAGCUGUGUGAGCCCCUCCCAUCUCUGGCCGAAUCUAGAGCCUUCGCCCAGCGGUCCCUGAGCCGUCUGAGUCCUGCCCACAGGCGGCUUGAGCAGCCUGCACUGUACCAGCUUGUCAUGUGUCGUUUCUUCGCCCAGUCUGCCACUCACUGGACCCCCAGGGCUUCCCAGGGUGGGCUGGAGUCAGGAGUCAGCAUGAGGGUUCAUCCUCCCAGGGAAGAGCCCGGCCCGGCCAGGGCAGGGAUCCGGGCCAGCCAGGGGCAGCCCCCGGGACCCCCUUCCACCGGCCCUCAGCCCGAACCUGAGCUUGAACGCGGGGUAGAGCCUGGGCGGGCAGCCGCCAUUCCCCCAGCUGGCAGUGAGCCCUUCUCCCAACCUCCUGCCCAGGAGCCAGCCCCUGAGGGACCUGGUCGUUGUCUGACUCCCCAGAGUUCCUUGGAAGAGGGGGCCCUCGCAGACCUGGCGUCGUACACGGCUGCCUGUCUGGAAGAGGCUGGCUUUGCGGGAACGCAGGCAACAGCACUCACCCUGUCCUCCGCCCUGGAGGCCCGCAGGGAGCGGCUGGAGGACCAGGUGCACGGCCUUGUGCGAGGGCUGCUGGCACAGGUGCCCAGCCUGGCGGAGCAGAGGCCCCAGCGGGUGGCCCUGCGGGUGCUGAGCACACUGGCCCUGGAGCACUCUCGGGACGUGGUGUGCGCACUGCUGCCGUGCUCACUGCCCCCUGACCGGGCGGCAGCCGAGCUUUGGCGCAGCCUGAGCCAGAACCAGCGCGUGAAUGGGCAGGUGCUGGUGCAGCUGCUGUGGGUGCUAAAGGGCUCGGCCAGAUCCCAGCUGGAGGCACUGGCGGCCACUUGCGCCCUUGGGGAGAUGCUGGCUGUGUCCGGCUGCGUGGGUGCCACACAGGGCUUCUACCCGCACCUUCUCCUUGUGCUGGUCACACAGCUACAUGAGCUGGCCCGGGACCCAUGCCCCCCUGACAUCCCCAAGGUUUGGGCCCCAUCCCACCAAGGGCUACCGUACAGCCACGCCAGCUGCACAGUGGAGGCCUUGAAGGCCCUGCUCACCGGGGAUGGCUGCCGCACGGUGGUCACGUGCAUGGAGCAGGCUGGAGGCUGGAGCAGACUGGCGGAAGCCCACACCCACCUGGAGGGAGUCCUGCUGCUGGCCAGUGCCAUGGUGGCGCAUGCCGACCACCACCUGCGAGGCCUGUUCGCAGACUUGCUGCCCCAGCUGCGCAGCGCGAAAGAUGCACAGCGCCUCACGGCUAUGGCCUUCUUCACCGGACUAUUGCAGAGCCGGCCCACCGCACGGCUUCUGCGGGAGGAGGUCAUCCUGGAGCGGCUCUGCGCUUGGCAGGGCGACCCCGAGCCCACCGUGCGCUGGCUGGGCCUGCUGGGCCUCGGCCACCUGGCGCUGGACCGCGGGAAGGUGCGUCACGUGAGCACGCUGCUGCCCGCGCUCCUGGGCGCGCUAGGCGAGGGUGACGCGCGGCUCGUGGGCGCCGCACUGGGGGCGCUGCGGAGGGUCCUGAUGCGGCCGCGGGCGCCGGUGCGGCUCCUGAGCGCUGAGCUGGGACCGCGCCUCCCACCGCUUCUGGACGACGUUCGGGACUCGGUCCGCUCCUCGGCGGUCGGGCUCCUCGGGACGCUGGUGCGGCGCGGCCGGGGCGGGCUCCGGGUGGGGCUCCGCGGCCCCCUCAGGAAGCUGGUGCUGCAGAGUCUCGUGCCGCUGCUGUUGCGACUGUACGACCCCAGCCGGGACACCAGUGAGAGCUCAGAGUGGACCCUGGCCCUCUGUGACCAGGCCCUGCGCUGGGGCCUGCUGGAGGAGAUGGUCACCGUGGCCCACUGCGACAGCCCUGAGGCCCUAAGCCGCAUCUGCCACCGCCUGGUUCAGUGGUACCCAAGUCACGUGCCCCGCUUCCUGAGCCAGACCCAGGGCUACCUGCGGAGCCCACAGGACUCCCUGCGCUGGGCAGCUGUUGUGCUCAUGGGCUUCCUGGUCCAUCACUCAAGCCCCAGCCACAUCAACCAGGACCUGCUAGACAAUCUGUUCCAGGACCUGGGGCAGCUGCAGGGUGACCGUGAGGCCACUGUGGUGGCAGCGGCACAAGCGUCCACCCAGCAGGUGGUGCUGCUGGCUCAGGUGCAGCACCCUCCCUGCCGUGGGCGCCUCCUGGGCCUCCUGCGCCUUCCCUGCCUGGGCCGGCACCACGCCCGCCCUGCCCGGCCCCCACCAGUCUAAGGCAGCCCGUUCCAGCACCACCGGAGCCCUGCUGGCCCCUGGGGCUGCUCAGGACCAGGCUGAGCCUGACUGGCCCACCCUCCGGGUGGGAGCCAGGGUGCUGAGUCUGGCACCCCACCGCCCUGUGGCCAGUCUUGGCAGGGGCAGAUCUGCAGAAGAGGCCCCCCCUUGAGGGGCACCCUGGGCUCGGUGCUGGGCACCAAUGCCUGCCCCCCGGAGCCACGCAAGGCCUGUUGCACACAAAGAGCCCUCUCCGGGAGCUCACCCCCCAGGCAGCCCUGCGACCUAGAGGGGGCACGCACCUUCUGACGGAGCACCAUUUCACCCUCAGCCUCUUGCCUCGUAUACCCCUGGGUCCAUCUGUCCCCCCUCAGCCCCCUGCCUGGAUGACACCUGACCUCCCGGGCCGAGGCCUGGUGGGGGACACUGUGAAGCUGGCACAGCCCUGGGAGGCGGUGCCGUGAUGGGCUGCCCUCUGCCUGGGCCCUCCCGGCCACCCCAGCAGCCCAUCAUCACCCCUUGUCACGUGCUCCACUCCUCGCGGGCCACGUCCUGGCCUGAGGUUCUGAGGUUCCUGGCCAAGAGCACUGAUCUGUCCUCCGGUCCACACCCGCUGCCCCGCAGCCUGGCCCCAUUCCUGCCCCUGCCCUCCCACUUACCAUGUCAGACCCCACCUGGGCCUUCUCCGGAAGCUGUCCCCUGACCUCCCCACUGGACACCACAGGCCUGAGAUGACACCUGCGGGCUCGGGCGUGGGCUGCCAGCAUUUGCAGCCCACCAGGCCGAGCUGUCGCACUGGCACCCCAGCACCCUGCUCAGGGCUGAACGGAGGCGUGACUGGACGUGUGGGGAAGAGGCCCCUGGGGACGCCUCCGAGGCCGUGACCCAAUCCGUCCAGACCCUGGACGGGCGGCUUCCUCCACCUUGAGGUGUCCUCUUGCCCUUUCAGGGCCCCCAAAGCUGCCUCCUCAGAGGAGGCGGCCUUAACUCACACAGCCUCUUGAAGGCUGGGGUCCUGCCCAUCCCUGUGGAAAGCGUUUAAAAUAAACACACAGAUCCUAGGGGUUCAGCGUCUGUCUGGGGCCUGGGUCCGG